CUAUCCCAGAUCAUGCACGGGGGUCUCUUCAGUGAGGAUGGCGUCACCCUUGAUGACAUCCGGAAGAUCGAGAGGAACCGGCAGCCCCCGGACUCAGGUCCCAUGUGUGACCUGCUGUGGUCUGACCCACAGCCCCAGUGUCCCCGUCCCCCCCCCAGCGACCAGAUGGGCAAUAAGGGCUCCUACAUCCACCUGCGAGGCAGCGACCUGCGCCCCGACUUCCACCAGUUCACAGCAGUG